UGCGGGGAUGAGUGCUUUUCUGACAAACUCAGAUGGCAUCCGAGCAACUCAAUGCAAGAAUCAGUAUUUAUUAAUUAGAUUUUUUCCUUUGUUGCAGGGAAAUAUCCUUCGGAAAAUGUUUUAAGAACACUCGAGCAAAACAACUGAUCCAGAGCAUGCGGGAAGGAAGGUGAUUGACAAGGCAUCUUUGAUUGGCCUUCUUCGUCUGUCUUCUUCUGCAAGUUAGAGUUCUGAGAACAAAGUGGAACCUAAAUUUCACAUCAACUUCCAAACUACUUGUUAUGAUAAACACGGCGUGAAGAGAAACUUCAGAAACACUACUAAAAUAUGAACUUUAGUCAGCCUGGCGAAAACUCAACCCAACAAAGUCAUCACUUGCUUACUUGUGUGUCAAAACAAUUAUCUGUUUUUAGCUUCAUUAUCUAUGCCGCUAUUUUCUGUCUUGGUGUGUCUGGAAACUUUUUUGUCAUUUUUACGGUAUUCAGAAAUUCCAAGCUGCAUACGCCAUUCAAUUACUUAGUUGUCAACCUGGCUGUUUCUGACAUGUCUGUUCUGCUCUUUUCGUUGCCUAUUGUCGUAUUCAGUGAAUGUUUUUCAUGGCCCUUUGACGAGUUUCUAUGUAAGUUGUCUCGCCCAUCGUUCCUCACUUUUACCGGUGUGUCUGUUUGCACGAUGGUAGCUCUGAGUUUCGAAAGAUAUCAAGUUGUAGUGCAUCCUCUGUUACCAAAAAUGACACGUAGGAAGGCAUUUUUCAUCAUCGUGUUCGUCUGGGUUUUUGCGUUUUUUACAUUUGGCCUUCCAAGAUUUUUUGUCUUCGGGCUAACAACUGAAAAAGGAAUUUUACAGUGUGACCCAGUUAAGAAGAGUUUCCUCAUAAGUACAGUGACGAAGAUAAUCCGGCUUACCAUGACGUUAAUCUUACCUUGUAUCGCUGUAUCAUGGGCGUAUAGCCAAGUAAUGCGCAAACUUAGAAACGAGCUCGCUCUUAUCGGAGACGCAUUUGCAUCACGCGACAGAGAGAGGUUGCGAGCGAAGAGAAACAUUAAAACAAUGCGCCUUCUUGCCACAAUUAUUCUCGU